AUGAGCUCCCUCCGCAUUGCUCGCGCUGCCCUUCGCGCGCGGCCCCAGGCCAUUGCUCGCCCCGUCAUGCGCCGGGGCUACGCCGACGUCGCCUCGGACAAGAUCAAGCUCUCCCUAGCUCUUCCGCACCAGUCUAUCUACAAGUCCCAGGACGUCGUCCAGGUCAACCUCCCCGCCGAGACGGGCGAGAUGGGUGUCCUGGCCAACCACGUUCCUUCCAUCGAGCAAUUGAAGCCCGGUCUCGUCGAGAUCAUCGAGGAGAGCGGCGGCAGCAAGCAGUUCUUCCUGUCGGGCGGCUUCGCGACCGUCCAGCCCGACUCGCAGCUCAGCAUCAACGCCGUCGAGGGGUACGCAUUGGAGGACUUCAGCGCAGAGGCUGUCAGGAACCAGAUCGCAGAGGCGCAGAAGAUCGCUGGCGGAAAUGGCAGCGAGCAGGACAUUGCCGAGGCCAAGAUCGAGCUCGAGGUCCUCGAGAGCCUGCAGGCGGCUCUGAAGUAA